AUGUUCUUAGAGCAAGUGUGUGCCUCCAGGGAUAUUGCGCAGGCUGAACUCAAAAAGUUGCCGUCCUGUGAGGACCUCACUAAGUGGAUAACGGUGGUCCUCAACGUGACGUCACCAUCCACCGAGUUAACAAACCUGGACGCUAAGUCUCUCCUCGCCAUGGUGACGAAAGAAAACAUCGAAAUAACCGCAGAUAAGAAGAGGCGUGAGCUUACUCAGAUGGAGAAGAUGCUGGCAAACAAAAAGAAGAAAGAGGCUCAAGAGAGAGGGCAGCAUGAAAAACGGAUUGCCAGUGAACAGCUGAAGAUACAGGGCUUAAUGAGCCAGUUAUCAGACCUGAAAUCUGAACUCGCACAACAAAAGGAAGUCUAUAAAGCUCUGGAAAUACAGAUCAAAACCAAAGAAGCACCAGAAAUCAAAGCAGAAGAAGCGGACACCUCAGAGGAACCACAAGCCACUGAACGUCGAAGAAAGAGAACACCACAGGCUGGUAAAUCCACUGAAAAGAUGCAAGCCACAAAAAAGAAGAGGAAAUCAACAAGGAGCAAGCCCACAGACAGCCAGACGAGGGUGAAAGAUGAUAAUGCAGAUAAGAACACAAGGGAAACUCAACAAGUGAAGACGAAACAGCUGACAAAGUCGGUUAAAGAAGCCAGAGGGCCAGAGAAGAAAGAAGCCAGAGGGCCAGAGAAGAAAGAAGCCAGAGGGCCAGAGAAGAAAGAAGCCAGAGGGCCAGAGAAGAAAGAAGCCAGAGGGCCAGAGAAGAAAGAAGCCAGAGGGCCAGAGAAGAAAGAAGCCAGAGGGCCAGAGAAGAAAGAAGGCAGAGGGCCACGGGAGAAAGAAGGCAGAGGGCCACGGGAGAAAGAAGGCAGAGGGCCACAGGAAAAAGAAGGCAGAGGGCCACGGGAGAAAAAAGCCAGAGGGCCAGAGAAGAACGUUGAGAAACAAGGGUCAAAUUCACAGGAGUCUGUGGGAGCUUUUGGAGGUAUAAGAAAGCCUCCUGGACCCCAACGGACCGCCGCUCCACGACUGAAAAGUGGGGACUCUCCGUCCAAGUCCCAGCUGGCGGCUCCCUCGCAGGGCAGAAAGCAGGUUGCCAUGGCUGCAGGGGAGGCACACAACACCGUUCUGAGAAGAUCCAAGAGGAUAGCCAGCAGAACCUGA